AGACUUGUUAGUUCCUUGGGUGGAACCUAAAAACAUGAUUGAUAAAUGUGUUUUAUUUGUAUUCAUAGUUUUUCUUAUCACCGCAGACUUUUACUUUCUCCAAGAUAGUGGUGGUAUUUGUGUUGAUGAAAACUGGAAAAAUGACACAGUCUGGAAUGUAAAUUGCAUCGAAUGGAUGUUAAUCAAAGAUGGCGAAAAAGAUGUCUGCGUGUUGCCUUGGAGAUGCUGCCCCACCGCGCAUUAUGAGAAGAGUAUAUCAUACUAAGGGUUAAGCUCUAAAUAAUAGACCCUUUAUCUAAUCUUUGCAAAGUGUGAAUAAUUAAAAAAACUAGUUUCAAAUUUUAUGAUCAAUAAAAGAUAAUAUAGUCAAAACAAA